UUGUUUUUUGAACAGGACUCUGAAUGAUAUGAAGAAUAUAAAUCCUUUGAAUCACAAUUCAGCGUUGAAGAAUAGGGGCGAGGAUCCGUUGGACCCAAAUAACGAACAAUUUGAAGUGGACGUCAAAGAUAUGCUCAAUUGGGUGAAGGAAUUUGCUGCCGCUCAACAGCGAAGAAUUGACCUCCGCCCAACAUCGGUCUACUUGGCUGCGUCACUCGGCCCAAAUUUUGACCCCAAAAUACACAAACCAUUCGAGUUUGUUAAGGGAUUGGAUGAAGGAAUCCGAUUCUAUAUCGGCUUCAACUCUUUGACAAUUGGACUUAAUAUCCAUCAUCUCCAGUUUCCCGAUAAUUCGCCGCUUGGGAAAGCUGACAAGGCUGGAGAAACGUGUGUCCUCCUAAAAACUUGGGGAUUUGAGGGGGGCUGUCAUGCCGAGAAAGUCAAACUUGCUCGUGCUUUGUAGGCAUCCUUGAUAGAAUUUGCCCUUACUAGCCAAGAAUUUAAAUCUAACGAUGGGAGGGAGUGCAAGUUCUACAACCAGCAACGAGAACUGGGUGCGUUCUUUGAAUGCUGCAGUGAGGAACAGCGGAGGACGGCGCUGGAGAAAGCAGUGAAAGGGGUCCCAUUCAUAUGCUGUCAAGAGGACUGUCAAUGCGAGGCGAUUGCACAUUUGAAGAAUGACGAGUGUAAUCCAAUCAAGUUCCCUCUAAAAGAAAAGAAUGUUGUCAGGCCGUUGAACAUUGGCUCGGCCUCAACAACAUCGCCCAAAACGAAAGUGGACAAGAAGAAGAAGAAUCCUCUAGUCACCCCUGCCGAAAUCAAAGUUGAAGUACACCGUCGUCUGAAAGACCUUCAGGAAAGGAGGCGACAAGACCCCGACCACGAACACCAUGUAUACUUUACGAUUUUGGCAAGAAAACAAGAUUUUCCUGGACUCCACACCGCCCGGGAUGUAUGUAGGGCAAUAAACAAUGGUGGACAUGCCCAGGCCGUAAUUUUAUAUUACGUGGGAAAAGGAGAACGUGAUGGGAUGAACAAAUAUCACAAACAUCGUCCUGACCUCAGUGCCGUUGCAAAGAAAGCAUCAGGUGGUGACUAUUGGGUCAUACAAAUUGCAACCUUCAAGUGUUCUGGCUUAGAGGAAGCGGAGAAGUUGGAAGCAAAGUUGUUGAUGUGUUGUUUACUGAAAGCUCGGAAGAAGAUGACCGGAACAAAUUUCAACCCAAUCAAUGAAGCCAUGCCAUGGUCGGCUUUCAACAAAUUAUCAGACGAGGAGAAACUGCAAUCCGUCCAAAUGGGAGUUGCUGGAGUUUCUCCGAUAACUUUGCAAGGAGUUGUUCCCCAUUUCACAAUGGGAAAAAUCUCAUUUCCCGUCAACUUGGGCCACGCAAUCAAGACCAAUAAGAUUUUGGAUGUCACCAGCGUUGCCCCUUCUAAGGAUUAAUAUUUUACAUUGUACGUUGUUUUUCAUUUACGUUAUACGACUGUCACACUCAUUUCCACUUCUACUUAAUAUUUGCCUACUUCAACGUCUCAUUAUAUGAAAUUGGAUGUAAUUUUAUACAAGUAA